AUGGCUAGAAGGAACAGAAACAAAAAUUCAACUGGAGUGAAAGGUCCUCAUUCAGCUUUGACUGAAUUUUUAAAAAGUGAAGGUAUUACUGACGCGUUUAGACAAAGACGUGAAAGAGAAGCAAAUAGUGGAAAUGGAAGUGGUAAUACUAGUCAAACUGGAACUCCUGAACCUAAUAAUAGUGGAACUAAUAAUAAUGGAGAUAAUGAAUCUCAAGAUACUUCUAUUAAUAAUUCAAAUGUAUCAUCAAGAAAUAAUAGUCCUAUUUUGUCAAGAAGAACAUCACAACGCGGUAAUUCAAUAACUCCUGAUAAAAACAAUAAAAAACCUGACGAUGAAGACGAAGAAGAAGACGAAGAAAUUCAACUAAUGAGAAAAGCUGCAAAACGAAAAUUAAAAGCUGCAUCAAAAAAUAGUAGGAUACGAAAAAGAAGAACAGGAGGUCAACCAGAUGACAGUUCCAGUGAUAGUAGUGAUGAUGAUAGUGGUGACGACAAUGCCUACACUGAUACCGAUGAUGAAGAUUUAGGUGAUGCAGAUAUGAAAAAAUUUGGAGAUAAAGAUAUUUGUGUUGAUUGUGGUAAUGAAUUUGAAUUAUCAGUGUUUUCCAGAUUUAUAAAUGAAAAAUCUGGUUAUUUAUGUGAUUCAUGUAAUAAAAUUUUAAAAGAAAGAGAAAGAAAAGCCAAAGCAAAUCAAUUAAAUGCAAGAAAAAAAAGAAAAAGAGUUGCUCAAGCAUUAUUAAAUAAAUCAACUGUUAAAAUCCCCAAAUUACAAGAUGUUUGUAUUAAAAAAAUUACUGAAAAUAUUGAAGAUGUUGAUGUAUUAGGAGAUAUUGGUCAUUAUAAUUUAAAUAAAAUUUCAUCAAUUUUAUCAAAAAAUAGAUCAUUAAAUGAUAAAACUAUAUCAUUAUUUUUAUCACCAGAUUUAAAACAAAUAUCAUUUUGGGAUUGUUCAAAUGUUGAUUCUGAUUCAUUAAAUAAAAUUGCUUCUUUUUGUCCAAAUUUAGAAUCUUUAACUUUAUUUAUGUGUGGUCAAUUACAUAAUGAUAAUUUAGAAUAUUUUGCUUCAAAUAUGAAAAAUUUAAAUAGUUUAUCUUUAAAUGGUCCAUUUUUAAUAAGUGAUAAAAUGUGGCAAGCAUUUUUUGAUCAUAUGAAAGGAAGAUUAAUUAAAUUUGAAGUUAGAAAUACUCAUAGAUUUGGAAAUGAAUCAUUACAAAGUUUAUUAAUAAAUUGUGGAUCUGAUUUAACUUCAUUAAAGUUAUCAAGGUUAGAUGGUUUGACAAGUUUAGAAUCUUAUAAAGAAAUAAGUUCAUUUAUUGGAAAAAAUAAAGUACAACAUUUAGAAAUUUCUUAUCCAACAAAUGAAGAUAUAAUAAACGAUGAUAUAAUAAUUGAUAUUUUACAAAAAACAGGUGAAUCAUUAAUUUCUUUAAAUGUUGAUGGUUGUUCGGCAUUAACUGAUAAAUUUUUAAUUGAAGGUGUUACCAAAUAUUGUUCAAAUUUAACAAAAUUAUCAAUGAAAAAUUUAGAUCAAGUUUCAAAUGAAGGUUUCACACAGGCAUUUAAUGAAUAUUCUAAAAUUAAUGUUGGAGGAUUAUUAGAAGUAAAUUUAAUGAAAUGUUCAGAUUUAGGUGAUUCAGCAAUAUAUUCUUUAUUAAAUCAUUCAUGUCAUACAUUAGUUGAAUUAAGUAUAAAUUCAUUAUUUAAAAUUUCAAAUGAAUUUUUAUCACAAAUUUCAACAAAUGAUCAUCAUCAAUUUAAAAAAUUAUUGAAAGAAAAAAUAGAUAAUAAUGAACUGUCACAGCAGGUAGAUGAAAAUGGUGAUGAAUUACAUUAUUAUCAUGAAAUUCAUUUACCUUUAUUAACAUAUUUAGAUUGUUCAUUUGUUAGAUCAGUUGAUAAUGAAAUUUUAUCAUUAAUUGGUAAUCAUUGUCCAAAGUUACAAAUUAUUGAAGUAUAUGGUGAUAAUAGAUGUAAUGGUAAAGCAACUUUUAGAGAUGAUCUAAUGGUUAUUGGUCGUCAAAGUGAUGAAUUAUAG